CUGGGAGUCAGGAUGCACACACUGGAUACGCACCGUCACUAGAGGAGCACAUUUGGAAAACCAGGAUAUAUAUAUUUUUUUCUUUAUUCUCAACUUCUUUAUUCGACUUCAACCCGUCGUGGUUUCAUUUGGCGUGAUGUGGAGGGUGAGUGGUUUCAUCCUGGUGCUUGUGACUUUUAUAAAAGUGUCUCCGUUCCGCCGCACAAUAUUUGUCUUCACUGUGGCUAUCGUUCAUCCGUUUGUGUUUGGCCAAGUUUGAGCUCCGGUACCCAUUUCCGGGACAGAUGUUGACCACUGCCGCAGCAUCACUGCCACCUUGGCUCUGACUCACCAUCACAUGCUCGACCCCAGAUCAACUGUUUUUGUUUUUGUCUGAAGCGCAAACAGAGACGCGUCAAUGGUGAUGGGAACUCUUUGGGAGUCUUUGGCAAAUGAAGGACUCUCCUGUUUUAUUCCUCCCAAAGGCCGCCGCUCCUGGAGUCUCUUAGUGACAGAAAGGACGCAGGACACAACUUUUCAUCAAGUUAUUUUUGUUAGUAUAUACAUAUUUGGAUAACUGAUAUGUAAUGCUUGUUUUUUUCUGCUGCAUCUGUUUCGAUUGGAAUAAAGCCCCGCAUGUAUUUCGGAGUGACUGAUGCAUCUCAGAAGUCCCCUGCCGGCUCACAACUGGGACUCGUUUCAGCUUCAUUGCAAACCAGGUUCCCUAAAGGUGAAACGCAGACGUUGAUUUUUACGCACGACGGCCCACAUUUCCCGACACCCUCCUCAGCCGAUGAUGGGAGAAAAGCGCAGCGCCAGGGGCCGUGGGAGAACUUAGAUCUAGGGUGCGUUUAGCAGCCAGGGCCAGGCACGGCCCCGUGAACGUACCCGCGCGACCUCAGCAUGCCCUCUUGGCCCAACCUGUCGGAGUGCCUCUCCCUCAAUUGCAGCUGGGAGGAGACCCACAACGCCACGGGGAUCAAUGACUUCGGCUUGCCUCCUCUCAAUUACUACUCAUUCCCUCUCCUCACGGUCAUCACUGUCGCCUGCGCUAUGCUGUUUCCAGUCGGGGUGACCGGGAAUGUCAUGACCAUUUUGGUGGUUAGUAAGUACCGGGACAUGCGCACUACUACCAACCUGUACCUGUGCAGCAUGGCCGUGUCAGACCUGCUCAUCUUCCUCUGCAUGCCACUGGACCUCUACCGGAUGUGGAGGUACAGGCCCUGGCGUUUAGGGGCCGUGCUCUGUAAGCUCUUUCAGUUCGUGUCAGAGUCCUCCACCUACUCCACCAUCCUGAGCAUCACCGCCCUGUCAGUGGAGCGCUACCUGGCGAUCUGUUUCCCGCUGCGUGCCAAGGCGCUGGUCACCAAAAGGCGCGUGCGUGCUCUCAUUCUCAUACUGUGGACGGUGGCGUUAGUCAGCGCCGGGCCUGUGUUUAUCAUGGUGGGAGUGGAGCGUGACAGCGUGUGGCCAAACCUCAGCUCGGGAAUGAAUGAUUCUGAUUCCACCCGGGAGUGUAAGUUCACGCACUUCGCAGUGGAGUCGGGCCUGAUGGGGGCCAUGGUGUGGUUGAACUCUAUUUUCUUCUUCGUUCCGGUGUUCUGCCUAACAGUGGUUUACAGCCUCAUAGGCCGUCGGCUGUGGCAGAGAAAUAGAGAGACGAGCAUCAGCUCCCGGGUGUCUCACCGGGACAAAAGCAACAGGCAGACCAUCAAGAUGCUCGUGGUGGUGGUGCUGGCCUUCGUGCUCUGCUGGUUGCCGUUCCACGUGGGUCGCUACGUGCAUUUCCGAUCUCUGGACAAUCCGUCCCCGCUGCUGUCUGUGUUGUCCGAAUACUGCAACCUGGUGUCCGUGGUCCUCUUCUACCUUAGUGCCGCCAUCAACCCCAUCCUCUACAACACCAUGUCCUGGAAAUACCGGGGCGCGGCGGCGCGCCUCUUCGGCAUGGCGGACAAUCAGCAGCCGCGAGGCCGCACGGCCAGCAGCAUGAAGGGGGGGGACGGCUCCAACGGCUGGACGGAGUCCACCGUUAGCUUCUAAAUGUAGGACUGGAUUAUAGGUUAAACACGAACAGUCACGAAUUCAUAACACUGAGCUAAGAUGCAUUACAUAUUUUUUGCCAGGUCGAGUUAAAGCUGCUCUGAACAUGCGAGCAGCCUCGGCCACAAAAAAAGGGAAAGUAGCGACGAUACACGAGCCGCUCUGUCUGCAUCAGCGAUACAACUUCGAUUUUUGUCAGAGCUCCUUUUUUUUCUUGGAUUAUUUCAGCAAUUGCCCGAUUUUUCAUUCUGCAGCACUCUGCAGCAUUGCAAAUGCACGACGCGGAGAGCUUAUAUUGAUCUAAAUGUGAACUACACGAGGGCGCGCAUGCGCGAAUACACGCACACAUAUAGAUAUAAAAGACAUUUAACUGCCUUAUAAUGUAUUCAUACUCUGGAUGACAAAGAAACCACUGUAGAACUUGUGGCACUCCUCUGUACUCCUUCAGAGAGGGACAGCAGUGCAGUGUGCGUGCGUCUGUGUGUGUGUGCGCGCGCGUAUGUGUGCGUGUGUGUGCGCGCGUACGUGCGCGUGUGUGAGAGAAAAAGAGAGAGAAGUAAUAUUUGCAUUUGUGUGCCAGAUGUCAUGCUUUUUGAUGUGAUUACCUGUAAAUGUUUAAAGAAGGUGUAAAGAUGAACAUUCUGACCUGUAAAUGAAGUCCAAGCUGUGAUGAUGCUGCCGAGAAGAGCACGCGUGUUCGGGUUGAGUCCCUCAUAUGAAGACCGUUGAUGUUUCUGUAGCUUUGUGCUGCACAGAAUUGGGUUUCAACGUUACGGUUGGAGUUUUGGCUCAUGGGAGCCACAAUGCAAGUCAAUUGCGAGAUCAUUUACAGAAUACGUCAUUCUGUCGUUUGUUUGCAAGUAGCUACUUAAUUCUUGAUCAAAACCCUUCAAGUCGCAGGUUGUUGCUACUAACAAAGGGGAGGGUUUUUAUAAAGUAUCAGUUUGUGCAUUACAUGAAGAAAAGUGAUUGGUGGUGACACUGUAAAAAAUCAUAUUGGACACAAAUGCCUCAAGGUUAUGAAUCUUUUGAGCUGUGCACCAUUCAAAUAUUGUUCAUUUCAGCCCUCUCAGGUGUGUUAACCUUGUACCACAUACAUCACAGGGCCUUCAUUGCAGCUGUGUGGGGACAGGACGCAAUCAAACAACACAUGUAGCACAUUUGGCUGAUUGGCAAGCUUUCUGCUGCUUCUUGAAGCCAUGCUCAACUCUGGUAAGUGAUGAAAACUGUUGGGCAGGUGAAGCUAUUUCUUCACUUUUCGCCACUCAAACCUUCAUUAAAGUACAACAGUCAGCCUGAUUAUAUUAGCUGUCUUGUAGAUCUCUUCUGUUGCAUGAAAAUGUUCGCUGUGAUUAAAUCAAAAAGGCUCCAUGUCAUUUAUGUCUCACUUGGCUUGGUUAUUGUUUUGCCAAAAGUUAGAUUUAAAAUUUAAAAUAAAAGUGCCCAGUAGAAACAUUUUUUAUGGGUGACUUUAUUGCGCAUGAUGAUGUUUAAACCAAAAUAGAACCACUCAAAUAUGCCAAAGUUGCCAACCUAUAUAAUGCUAUUCUACAAGAAUAUAUUUUUUAAAUAUUUGUUUCUUGGAAUGUGAUUAUGAUGGAAAAAUAUAAGUAAUAUCAUUUUGUAAAGUCUGAACAAUCACCCUUACGGAAGAAGAGGAAGAGUGAACUAUCUACAAGGGAUUUUUUUGUGUGCUUGCUACAAACUUGUAAAUAGAUGCUUUGUAUUAUUAUAGACUCAAUGCUUUACACUCAGAUGGUUUUAGCAGUCCAAAUCACCGCAGCAGCCUCCACUAAUCUGCACUGGAUUUCACAAUAUGGCGUCCAGGCGCUAAAGAAUGUAUCUCUGUUUAAAAAAAAUGUUUCUGACUGUACAUACUGAUGUUGUGACAUACUAUUUAUCAAUCUACAGAAUGUUUAAUUCAAACAAUAAAAGUUUAUUCAU